UGCAGAAUAGAAACCACAAGGGGGCGUCCCUGAUCAGACUAGAUUUCACCUGUUCAGGUUUUUACCUGUGCAUGGUUAUGGUAGACAUUUUAGCAGAUAUUUUUGGUCUCUGUAUUUCAAAAUACUCGCCUGAUGCGCACAGUCGUCGUUUCGCAUGUAAUACAGGUUAAACGAACACAAACGACCUAGUUCUCCAACCCACGGAGGUUUUAUACCAGAAAUACAAACAGCAGAACCGUGUGGACAGUUAGUACAACAUUAGCUGACAACAGGGCAGACAUGGAUGUUUUGGCCUGGGAGUGGAGCUGGAGUGCCGUCGGCCCAACAAUGCUGUUUGGCCUGCUCUUCCUGGUCUUUUAUGAGGUGUACAGGUUCCUUCUCCAUGGAAACAGGUUCCCCCCCGGCCCUAGACCAUGGCCUCUUUUGGGGAACAUUCCUCAGCUACUGAUGAAACCUGCACAAACGUUCGCCGAAAUUGCGACUUAUGGGGAGAUUGCUUCCCUUUACCUGGGCAGGAAGCCAUCUAUUGUGCUGAACACACUCCAGGUCUCUAAGAUGGCUCUAGUUGAGAAUGGAGCCGUGUUCUCAGGGAGGCCAUCUUUGCCUGUCCUGGACUGGAUCAUCAAUGGAAGAGGAAUUGUGAUGUCUAAUGGCGACAGUUGGAGGCAGCAGAGAAAAUUUGCUUCUCUCACCCUGAAGGCCUUUGGCCUGGGCAAGAAAUCCCUGGAAGAGCGAGUCACAGAGGAAGCAUACUAUCUUAUAGAUGAGCUGGAGAAGGAGGGAGAGAAUCCAUUUGACCCCCAACAUAUGAUCCAGAACGCAGUGUCCAACAUAAUCUGCUCAGUGGUAUUUGGAGGCCGCUAUGACUAUGAAGACAAGCGUUUCCACAACCUCCUGGACAUCAUCAAUGAAAACAUUUUCCUGACUGGAUCCGCUCUUGGCCAGAUCUUCAAUCUGUUCCCGUUUAUCAAACAUUUCCCGGGGCCGCACCAGAGGAUUCAGCAGAAUGCAUCAGAGCUGACUGGCUUCAUAUCAGAGGAGGCCAGAGAACACAGGAAGACCCUGGACAAGGACAAUCUCAGAGACUUCAUUGAUGCUUACUUAGUUCAAAUGGAGAAACAGGAGUCGAUUCCAAACUCAACGUUCUUCGAAGAGAACAUGGUGUUCUCAGUCGCUGAUCUUUUCCUAGCCGGGACUGACACCACCUCCACCACCAUCAGAUGGGGACUCAUUUACAUGAUGGAGCACCCGCACAUUCAAGAGCAAUGUCAUAAGGAGAUUGAAUAUGUGUUGGGGUUUGACCGCAUUCCCUCCAUGGAUGACAGGGCAGCCCUCCCCUAUGUCUAUGCCACAGUCCAUGAGGUCCAGAGAGUGGGCAACAUUGUUCCAUUAGGGUUGAUCCAUUCCACCACCCAGGCCACCCAGCUUAAGGGAUACUACCUGCAUAAGGGAACUAAUGUCCUUGUCAACCUGACUGCGAUCCUGAAAGAUAAAGACCACUGGAAGUACCCAGAUACCUUCAACCCUGCCAAUUUCCUAGAUGAGAAAGGCCAGUUUUGUAAAAAUGAGUCUUUUCUGGCCUUCUCUUUGGGCCCGCGGGUGUGUCUGGGGGAACAGCUGGCCAGGAUGGAGCUCUUUGUUGUCUUCACUGCCCUGCUGCAGCGCCUGCAUUUCUCCUGGCCCCCCAACACUGCUCCACAUGACACUGAGGGGGUUUUCGGUCUGACCCGCAGCCCCAAACCAUUCAAAAUGCUCUGCCGCCGUCGAGGUGCCAAACACUGACACCGGUACUCAAGUCUUAUACAGUGGGGAGAACAAGUAUUUGAUACACUGACGAUUUUGCAGGUUUUCCUACAUACAAAGCAUGUAGAAGUCUGCAAUUUUUAUCACAAGUACACUUCAGCUGUGAGAGACAGAAUCUAAAACAAAUAUCCAGAAAAUCACAUUGUAUGAUUUUUAAGUAAUGAAUUACUAUUUUACUCCCUAUUUCUUUUUCUCUGCUCUUCCUCUGACAGUUUCUUUCUAGCCAUGCUUGCCUACAAUAAAGAUAAACAAUA